GAAACCAAAGAGCAGGAGAUCAUGGUCAGACACACCUAAUAAUCCCAACUCCCCAAAAUCAAAACCCUAACCCUAAAAUUUCAUUCUAAUCACACGCAUUCCCCUAAAUUCCUCUCCGAAAAUGUCUUCAGCUUCUAAUUCACCCGAUUCCACAAAUCAAAACCCUAAACAAGUAGUAAUUACAGAUCAAAUUUCUUCUUUAACAUUGGCCGAUGAAUCACAAAAAGUAGAAGAAGCACAAGGAGUAUCAAUUUCGAUUGUGAAUGGAUCUGAUGGUGAUGUUAAUUCCGAUCAGAAUGAUAAGACCCAAGUCCCAGAAGAAGAAGAAGAAGGGGGAAAUGAUUCAGCAAUGGUGUCUGCAGAGGAGGAGGUUGAAGUUUUGGAAGAAGAAGAAGGAGGUAUUAGAGAGAUAAAUUCUUCAUCUGGUGGUGGUGGGAUUGAUAAUUUGGAGCAACAAAAUGAGGGAAAUGGUUCAGCAACGGUGUCUGUAAAAGAGGAGGUUGGAGUUGUUGAAGAAGAAGGGGCUAGAGAGGUCAAUUCAUCGUCUGGUAGUGGUAUUGAUGAAAUUGAAGGAACAAAAGUCACUCCUAGUACCAGUGGAAAUGGUUCAGCAAUGGUGUCUGUAAAGGAGGAGGUUGGAGUUGUAGAAGAAGAAGGUGUUAGAGAGAUAAAUUUGUUAUCUGGUGGUGGUGGUGGAGGUAAUUAUGAGCAGGAAAUUGAGGGAAAUGGUUCAUUUUUGGUGUCUGUAGAGGAGGAUGAAGUCCCAGAAGAAGAAGAGGAAGGGGUUAGAGAGACGAAUUCUUCAUCUGGGGGUGGUGUUGAUGAAAUUGAAGGAGCAGUAUUAAGUCCUAGUAGUAGUGGAUAUGCUGGUGAAUUGGGAACUAAUAGUGGAACUAGUAACUCUGGAAUUGAUGAGAUUGAAGAACAAGAUGGAAUUGUUAUUAAUGAUGGUGUAAAUUUGCAAGAUAAUUUGAAUGAUGGGGCUUCGGAUGCGUGGGUUGCUGGGAAACGACAUUCAGAUGAGGAUGAUGGCUCAGCAUCUUGGAGGAAAAGGAAGAAGCAUUUUUUUGUUUUGAGUAAUUCUGGCAAGCCGAUAUACUCCAGGUAUGGAGAUGAACACAAGCUUGCAGGGUUUUCGGCUACAUUGCAAGCAAUUAUAUCCUUUGUGGAGAAUGGGGGAGACAGUGUUAAAUUCGUAAGAGCCGGAAAACAUCAGGUAGUUUUUCUUAUGAAGGGACCGAUUUAUUUGGUGUGCAUAAGCUGUACUGAAGAGCCUCAGGAGUCAUUAAUGGGUCAAUUGGAACUAAUCUAUGGUCAGAUGCUUCUUAUCCUAACUAAGUCUGUGAAUAGAUGUUUUGAGAGGAAUUCAAAGUUUGAUAUGACACCCUUGCUUGGGGGAACAGACUGUGUCUUUUCAUCGCUUAUCCAUUCCUUUGGUUGGAACCCUGCUACAUUUCUUCAUGCAUAUACUUGCCUUCCUCUUGCUUAUCCUACAAGGCAAGCUGCAGGAGCUAUAUUACAAGACGUAGCUGAAUCAGGUGUUCUUUUCGCGAUAUUGAUGUGUAAGCACAAGGUUAUCAGUCUUGUUGGUGCACAAAAGGCAUCCCUUCAUCCUGAUGAUAUGCUUUUACUCGCCAAUUUUGUCCUGUCCUCAGAAUCCUUUAGGACAUCUGAAUCAUUCUCACCAAUAUGCUUGCCAAGAUAUAAUCCAAUGGCGUUUCUGUAUGCAUAUGUGCAAUAUCUUGAUGUAGAUACGUAUUUGAUGUUGCUUACCACUAGUUCAGAUGCCUUUUAUCAUCUCAAGGACUGCAGGAUGCGUAUCGAGUCGGUGCUUGUGAAGUCAAAUGUUCUCAGUGAAGUUCAGAGGUCCAUGCUAGAUGGUGGUCUCCGUGUAGAAGAUUUGCCUAUCGAUCCUUCUCGUCCUGUAUCUUCAUCUCCUCAUCUGGGGCAAGGAAGGCUUACGCCUGAUUCUCUUGAGCGAUUAAAAGAAGCAGAUCAUGGCAUUGGUGGUCCUGCUGGACUAUGGCAUUUCAUUUAUCGAAGUAUUUAUCUGGAUCAGUAUGUGUCAUCAGAGUUCUCAUCUCCAAUAAACAGUUCUAGACAACAGAAAAGAUUGUACAGAGCAUACCAGAGGGUUUAUGUUUCCAUGCAUGGCGAAAAUGGUCCACAUAAAACACAAUUUAGAAGAAAUGAAAAUUAUGUUAUACUAUGCUGGAUUACUCCGGAUUUUGAACUUUAUGCAGCAUUUGAUCCACUUGCAGAUAAGGCAUUGGCUAUAAAAACUUGCAAUCGCGUAUGUCAGUGGGUAAGAGAUUUGGAAAAUGAGAUUUUCUUGUUGGGGGCAAGCCCCUUCUCAUGGUGAUUGUUUUCUUUUUCAUACUUGUGUAUGCACAAAAUGUACUGUAUUUAUCUAAUAAAAUCUUCCAAUUUUGUUACUGUGCAUUUUCGUUUCCAAAUUUUGUAUGAUCUGAAGAAUCAAAGUUGAGAUAUUUAGGCUGCAACAUAAUUCUGUAAAAUCACCUUUGUUAAAUCUCUUGAUUCUUUAGUAAUCUAAAUUGAAAUCAAUUGAUUGCA